AAGGCUGGUUGUGAGGUUUGAGAGUCAGAUGCUAGCAUGAGCUCUCAGGAGCUGUAGUCCAGAAAUCUCAGCUGUUCCACAAGAGCUUCUCCAUCCAGAGCUUCUGAUCCAUCUACUCAACUGGUACUGGAUUCUGCAAUGUCUUCUGAAAAAGUUGAGGUUGUCGUGGAGGCGCACUGCAGGCUUGGAGAAUCGCCUUUAUGGGAGGAAAAGGGAAAUACACUCCUCUUUGUGGAUGUAUCUGGCAAAAAGGUCCUUCGAUGGAAUUCUCUUACUAAGGAAGUACAAGCUGUUCCCGUGGAUGCUUUUGUGAGCUUGGUGGCUCUUCGCGAAUGUGGUGGUUACAUUAUUACGCAAGGAACCCGGUUUGCUGCUCUGAACUGGGAAAACCAAUCUGUAACCACCAUUAAUAACGUGGAUCAGGAUAAGCCCAACAAUCGGUUCAAUGAUGGAAAAGUGGAUCCUGCAGGAAGACUAUUUGCAGGCACAAUGGGAAAUGAACUUCGGCCAGCUGUGCUAGAGAGGAAACAAGGUUCUCUGUUUACCUUGUUCCCUGACCACUCCGUAGUGAAACACUUUAACAACGUGGACAUCUCCAAUGGUUUGGACUGGUCGCUGGAUAACAGAACGUUCUUUUACAUCGAUAGCCUCUCGUACUCUGUGGAUGCCUUUGACUAUGACCUGCAAACAGGACAGAUCGCCAACCGCAGAAGUAUAUAUACGAUGGAAGAGGAAGAAAAAAUCCCAGAUGGGAUGAGUAUUGAUACAGAAGGGAAACUCUGGGUUGCCUGUUACAAUGGAGGACGAGUGAUCCGUAUUGACCCUGAGACAGGAACACGGAUCCAGACCGUGAAGUUGCCUGUUGCUCAGACUACUUCCUGCUGUUUUGGCGGGCCUGAUUAUUCGGAAUUGUACGUCACUUCUGCUUCCCAAGAAAUGGGUGAGGCUCCAUGGGAGCCACAGGCUGGCAAUGUUUUCAAGAUAACUGGACUUGGAGUAAAAGGACUCCCACCAUGCUCAUACGCAGGUUAACAAUUAACCUUUAAACAGAAGACCAGCAUCAAGAGCAAUAACAAAAGGAAAUGUCAGAGAUUUGCACAUUUGGAAGACUUUAUCUCUUGUAGUUACACAGAGGAAGUAAAACUAAAUAUCACACAAAUAUGUGAGAAAUUUUAAUAUACCAACAUGCAGGUUAUGGCUUUUUCUGUUACUUAAAUCCUUCCUUUCCUAAUAAAGGUUGAAGUAUGUUA